AUAAGCAGUGUUGAGUGAUGUGAUGUUGAAAGAGGAAGCACAUGUUUGUCUUCACAGGCUGUGCUUUUGCUCAAAUAAUCUGUUGCAUGAAUGAAAGAAAACGAACAACUUGUUUCACAAAAUGAAAGCGUACAACAAAGCAUUGGUGAAUGAAAAAAUACAUGCAAUUUAGACAAUGCAAUUAGACAUUAGUAUGAUGUGGCACGCAGGUAAUCCAUUCUUGUCACGGGCUUGAGCUGCUUUGUCCCCGGAUUGAAGUGUCAUGGCUGCCGUGCGCUGUUGACUGAUUCUGGUUGGACGGGAGGCGGAAAAGCGCUGGCUCUGUACAUCCACUAUGAAUGGGGUCAACGCCAACCCUGGCGCUCAGGUUGGGAAUGAAGAGAGGGGCAUUUGGCAUAAACGCCUGCGUCUCAGGAAGUCCUCCUUUUCAUUCCCCGCUGAACAAAACACUGUGAAAGAGGAGGAGAAUGUUACAGCACUUGGACAGAAGGAAACAAAGAAGUCCGAGAAAGGACAGCUGGCGGUCAACACCUUCAUCUGCUCUGCAUGCAACGACGGCAUCUCCUUUAGACCUGCCGAAUUAAUGAUGCAUUUUAAGAUCGUCCACGGAGGCAAAGGAAACCCACCGAUGUUUCCAUGCAACAUGUGCGGUUUCUCCACUCCAGUGUUCACUACGCUCCAGCAGCACCGAAUGCAUCACGAGGACGGUUUGUUCACUUGUGAGAUUUGUAAUGACAACGUCCAGCAAACGCUGCCCCAACUAACCAAACAUUGUCAAACUCACCAUUCUCUGAAUGGUCAGUACUACUGUCCAAAAUGCAAACUCUCCAUCCAGGAGAUUGAGCAGUUUGUAUGUCACUCAUGUUCUGCACCAGUCAUAAGCAAUCAUGAAGAAAGCAUUACGAAUGGUAAGUUGGAAGAAGCACAGAAAAACAAUCUCCUAAAGCACAUGGCUGCUGCAUGCCGUCAAAGGUGGAACAGAAGAAACUGGUGGAGAAAACGGACACAAGCCUGCAAGAAAGACAAUAACCCAUCCCAAGAGUUUAAGUUCUUGCUUCCAAAACCAGAACCCCAAUGGGCAUCCCAAUUAUUACCAUUAUCCACACCUGGUCUACUGGACAACCAAGGCAUGUUGUUGGAUGCAGAGAAGACCUUGGAGGAAACACAGCAGUUUCUUGAAAGGACAGUUUGUAGUGGUAAAAAGUGGCCUGUAUCUCUCAAAAGUGAGCAUGAUCUUGUUCCUGUCUUGCCGACUACACCCUGUCCGUCAAAACUGAAUGCAAAGCAAUGUAGCACGCCACACCCAGGCCUGCGGCGCACUGACAAAGAUAAGCUAACCGGACUUAUGGAGAAGAACAAUAUAUCUGUUCCCCCAGAUUGCACUACAAAGGUGGUCGGGUUCAAGAUGGUGGACGGCAGAAAGCAUUUAGUUCUCAAAGUCAUUCCUUCAAACAAGCAAGACACUUCGACUCCAGUGGAAUCGAAUCGUGUUGAAUCUCACACUGUGAAACCAACCAAUCAACAAGAUGAAUCCAAAGAUAUUUCAACUGUUAAUGCCUCAGGAAACUGUUCUCAUGCUCAGGUGACAUCUAGAAGGUCUUCUUCCCAAAGAAAGAAGCAGGAACGAUGUGUAGAUCAGCGGGACUUUUUGUCUUCAGUGGUUGAAAGGAUAAAAAGCCAACAAAAUCAGGAACCUACCGAAUGCAAUACACCCAUUAAUCUUAACGCCUUCAACCACAGAAAGACCAAGACUGAGACGAAGAAACUGCAUUCUUGUGCUGAUGCACAUAUUCAAAGUCCCCAUGCAAAGAGAGCGAAAGACUGCCAAGACAAAACCCUCAGUGAAUCAGAGGAAAACUUUACCGCAUGCCAAGGAGAUUCAGGCUGUCAUAGUGAUCUGACCUCGGAUACGGGUUCUUUGGAAGAGAGGUGUAGUUCACGACUCCUUACGGCGGCAUUUGAUAAAGAACACAAUCUUACACUAGAUUCAAACAUCAUUGGGCUUCAUUCAAACACAGAUUCUUGCUCAAUCUCAGGGUUUGAUUGCAUUAGUCCGUCCUCUAGAUCUCCCCUGAAGGAUUUGACUGAGUCUUUGUGUCAUUUUCAAAGUGAAGAUGAGGGCCUGUUAUUCCACAGCCGUGCCGACGAGUGCACAAACAACAUGGACCCCAGAGAUUCUUUGGUCCCAGUAGGUCAGCACGACUGUGAGAGGGAAAACUUCAGUGCUCCAGACCUGUAUCAGACGGUGGAUGAGCUGCCUUUAACAACAAUCAGCCAUUUGCUGGAUGAAGUGAGAGCGGAUCAGACUUUAUCUUCACAUAACGGCUCUGAUGAACCUCUGCAAGAUUUAGCAUGCACCGGAGGUACAAACCAGCAAUCUGAUCCAGUCGACACCAGCGUCCUCUUUCCUGAUGAUUCAAACACUUCCACAUGUGUACCAGCAACCGGUUCCAGUGAGUCACACGGCCCUCUUGCAUCACUGAACAGAAAGCGCAUGGGAGAAACGUCCUCGGCGGACUUUCACAGACCCGUCAGUAAAUCCCAGAAGCGAUCGACUCGGGCCUCCGAAGACGUCACAGCAUCCGUCCUCCACUGGGAACCGGUGGCUCGAAACGUUCCGACGACCCUUCGACUGAUUCCCUACAGCUCCUCGCAAUCCGUUCAAAUCCCACGUGAUAACCAGCCUGUCAUAGUUCUCAACCAUCCCGACACUGAUAUUCCCGAGGUGACAAACAUCAUGAAAGUCGUUCACAAGCACAAAGGAGCCGUGCAACGGGUCGUACUGUCUCGUAAAACUCUCCGAGCGCUCUCGGAUUUGAACUGCGACGCCUUCCGGAAUAACCUCAUCGCCAAUUGCCACGCGUCCCACUGCAGGAGAGAAUGGCCAAACGGGACUGUUAAGGAAAGGUUCAGCUUGAAGCUGAGGCUCAAAAGGGUGUGCGGAAGAAAGUAUACCGUGGUACCAACACUAUCAGAAAGCAUUGUGCUACAGCCAACGUUUAGGUGCUGGUUUUGCGGGCGGCUUUUUAGAAACCAAGAAGCUUGGGUAGGACACGGACAAAGACAUCUAAUGGAAGCAACCAGAGGCUGGAACCAGCUCUUUAACAGAUAGGAGAACUGCAUUCACACGGCAGGGACGUUUUUCUGCACAAGCCAUUUUUAAGAAGUGCUGUGAAUCAGCGUUACUAUGCAAAUCUCAGGGUGAGAAAUAAUACCAAAUCUGAGGAUCUUCACUGUUUCAUUCUUUAUAGUAAUAUUCUUUUAAACCCUUUUUUGGGUGGAUAUUCAAGCAAGCAUUAUUUAUUUUGUUCCACAAUGUGAAAAAGCGCAGUGCAUUAUCUAAUAUAUUAUAAAUCACUGUUUCAGACCAAAUCCAUCUCGCACGAUACUGUGAUAGAUCAGAAUUAUUGCAGAGACCUCAGGUUUUAUGACAAUAUUCCACUGCUGUAAACUUAAUACUAAUUGAACAAGUGUGUUGACCUUCACGCUGAACGAGUGUCUGAGCAGUUGUGUUUGAUUUAAGACGUCUGUUUGUCUUAAUACUUUAUGUAGCUUUAAAUGCAUCAUUUUAUUAUUUUAUUUUUGAUGUUUAAAACGGAUAAACUGGGGCACGUGUGGUUUAACUGCUUCAUUACUUCCGUUUUGCUUUACUAAUCAACUUUAUUAAGGCUGGAAUGUUUACAGAACAUAAAGUAGAUUGUUGAUCCGUUGGUGCUUUAGCUUCCUCUGUUUGUCACAUUGCCUGUACAUAUAGCAUUAGUUUAAAACUACCCAUCAGUGAAAUUCUGUUGUGUAUUUAUGCUAAUUGUCUUUAUAUUUAUUUUUUCAGCAUGCAGUUGGCUGUUAUGUUACAUGGGUUUGAUUAAGGGUUUAAUUAAACGUUUAAAUUAAUUACCUUACAUUUAUCUAAUCGUUAAUGUAUUAUUCAUUGAUAAAAGAAUCUUGUGAACUGUGAUGUUAUGGUCUCAGUAGUCAAAAUCUCUCAUUUAUGAAGCCAAAGGAUUUUUUUAAGAUCAGUGUAACCUGAUCAGAAUAAUAAUUUCGUGAGGAAUGGGUUUAUUUUCACCAACUAAAAACGAGACCCUCGCUGACUUUUGAUUGCACUGUUUGAGGUUUGAAGCACUUAACAGUGGUGUGAUUGUGAAUAUCAUAAAUGUCCCGCUGCAAUAUUUGAAGAUGGUCUUUAUUCCAGGUCUCUGAUCCACUUAACUUGAAAACCAAAGAAAAUGUGUCUCUUAUGUUUGUAAAGAGGUUUAAACACUGGUAUAAGCACUAACAGCUGUGAAUGACACCUUGUGUUGCUGUAUUGUAGAAGUGCCUCUGUACACCCCUAUAGACCUGCUAUCAGUAAAUAAAUAUAAUUAUUUUGAACAUG